GCUGGAGGCGAGGCGCUGACGCCUCGCGAGUCGGCGAUGGAAGAGAUGGAUCCGCAGCCCGGCGUUUUUUCCGAAGCAGAGAUCCUGAGGAUGGAGAUUGCGUCCCUGGUGAGCUUGCUCAGGGAGAAGCAGUCUGACGUUCUUUCGCUGGAUCCUGAGACCGUGAGGAAACUCACGUCCCUGACGAGCGAGAUGGCGUGCCAGAAGUCGGCAAGGGAGCGGCAAGCCUUGGUGGUUCCGGAGGUCAAACGCACAGCGCCGCGGAGCAAGAUCUCCAGGAGUAUAUACGAUUGUACCUGCAAUGCUGGUAAACAGAUGGCUGGCCAAUGUGCUGAGGACCAGAGGACCAAGGAGUGUGUGGAGAUGACUCAUCAGGUGGAGCACCAGGAGCAAGGAAGAGGCGGAUGAAUCUGUGACAGAUUUGGCAAUGGACCUUUGCAAAUCAAACAUGGAGAUGCACCACAUGGCUGCUGAUAGCCAGACGACAGAUGACAAAGAGGAACAUUUUGUGGCAGCAGAUCUGAUAAGUGGUCUUUCCGACCAGAUGACUGUGCGCUGUUAUGAGAACCAGAGUGUUGUGGAGUGCCUGGAGAUGACUGAUCUCACGGUGGGCAAAGGCCAAUCAAGCACGGAGACGCCUGUGUUGAGGAUGAUGGACCAAGGAAAAUCAAGCAAUGAAGGUGAAUCAAGUAACGAAGGCAAAUCAAGCACGGAGACGCGUGCCCUGGCGUCGAGGAUGAUGGACCAAGGCAACUCAAGUAGUGAAGGCCAAUCAAGCACGGAGACGCGUGCGUUUAGGAUGAUGGACCAUGGAAAAUCAAGUAGUGAAGGCCAAUCAAGCACGGAGAUGCAAGUCCAAUCAAGUAACGAAAGCAAAUCAAGCACGGAGACGCAUGCCUCGAGGAUGAUGGACCAAGGCAAAAAAUCAAGCUUUAGGAUGGUGCUGGAUUGCGAUGAGAAUGGUAUGCCCAACUGGUGCAAAUAUUACGAGAUGCUCGAAUGUGAGGAUGUGGAGGAGGAAGAUGAGGAGAUGACUCCGGAGGGUGUAAGGAUGUAUAACAAAUUCCGUAAGGAGCUAUUAGAGAUGGAAGCUGGCUUACGCAAGGACCGGGAACAGGAUCAAAAGGACGCGCUGAGGUGGGAGCGGGAUCAAAUUGACACACCGAGCUGUUACACAAUGGACCCGAUCCCCUUCUCACUUCAGGACGAGGCGGAGGAGACAGAAUUCACAAAAUCAGACACGGAGGAGAUGGAGAUGGCGGACAAGUUGUUUGCUUUAGGGCGUAAAGGCUGGGAAUCUGCAUGGGGAGACGACUGUGGUAACUUCGAAGACAGCACCGUAUUGAGUCCUAUGCACUUUACACAUUGCACGCCGGGACUGAUCCCGUACGCUGCUCGCACUGUGAGCAUCUUGCAAAUCUACUCCGUGAAGAUUGUUGGAACAGAUGGAAAGUUGAAGUUGCCACUCCAUGUUUAUGGAAUUGUCGCUGCCCGAGAUGCCGUGGACUACAACCGCAACAUUCUCUUCUCCUGGCGAAGGGAAAACUGCCAAAAACUCACUCCAGAGGAUCAUUUUUUGCGCUUAACUGGCCCGUCCCGUGCAAUUGUGGCUGUGGACGAUGUUGAUUUCGAAGUCCAACUGAAAGUAAAGGGCUCAUCAAGGUCUCGCGACAGAGCAUUGAUGAGUCACUGCUUUACUUACGCCGGUGGUUACCAUGAAGGUUUACACACCACCUUCUCCAGCAACAGCUUUUGCACAGUAGAGUUUAGCUAUGAGCGACUUACAGAAACAGUCCAGGCUACUAUCUUGAGUGCGCGUGUUGUUGAAGGGGCGCCUUGGCCUUUUGAAUAUGGCGGGCGGAUUAUGUGCUCCUCGCCACCACGGGAAGUUACGGACUCCCUAUCCAGGCAAGUUGUGUUGGUUGAUUCUCGUCGUUCUGAUGGUGGCGGAGAAAUGCCAAUGGGCUCGGAUGGUUUCCUUGAUCUGUCAAGGCAUGUUGUUUCUAUAGAACUUGAAGAAAGCCUGCAGAUUGUCGUACAAGCAUACUCACAGUCUGGUGAUGCUAUUGCUAGACAAGGUAGUGUCAGGUUCAGGACCAAAUACUGCAACAUAAGUCGAGCGAUAUGUGAGAUUGGUGACUCUAAGGUGGAGAUAACUGUCGCUUGGUCCCAACUUGCUAAGCACAAGAGAGAUAUCCUCUUAGAAGGACAUGUUUGACGGCUCUUGUGCCGUGGAUGUUGUGGACUGCAGAAUUAUUUGUCUUUGAUUAGUAAAUCUGUUAUGUACCUGUUGCCCAAUUUUAUCUGUUUUUGUCUUGCAUGUGGUUUGCAAAACUGCAGAAUUAUUUCUCUUCGAUUAGUUAUUAAUCUGUCCAACUGUUUGUGAAUCGACUAAUGUUAUCCGACUA